AUGGCGACCCGACGACCUCAGUUCAAUCAAGAAAUCCUCAUCGACACCACGCCGCUGCCGGACAAUAUCCCUGCCGUCAAGGAGAUUGGAGCCAGUUCAGCGCCUCUCUUGUCCGCGUCCUUCUUCAUCGGCGCCCGAUGCCGCGACUACAAUGAUGACUACAUGCAGUGCAAGACGGAGAACCCUGGCCGCGGCGAGUUUGACUGCAUGAAGGAGGGACGUCGGGUGACUCGCUGCGCUCAGAGCGUGCUCACGGACAUCAAUACCCACUGCCUCGCUGAGUUCCGCAAGCACUGGGAGUGCCUUGACGAUCGGAAUCAGCAGCUGUGGCAGUGUCGCCCUGCUGAGUGGAAGUUGAAUAAGUGUGUUUUCGAUAACCUGAAAAUGGAGAAGAAGAUCCCCGACCAGCCCAAGAACGUUACACCUGUCGAGUUGCGGUCAAAGCAGAUCUUUGCCGAUGUGCGUAUUGGACCUGGGGAUGGCAAGCCCUUUGUUGCAGGGCAGGAUGCGAAGCAAUAA